AUGAAGAAGGAGGACAUUGAGAAAAUUGUCUUUAGAACCCAUAAAGGGCAUUAUGAAUUUUUGGUUAUGCCAUUUGGUUUGACAAAUGCCCCUUCAACCUUUCAAUCCCUCAUGAAUCGGAUUUUUAAACCUUACUUAAGGAAAUUUGUUGUUGUCUUCUUUGAUGAUAUUUUGGUGUUUAGUAAGGAUUUGUCAUCUCACUUGUCUCAUUUGAGAGUGGUGCUUACUAUGUUGCUUGACAACAAAUUGUAUGCAAAAAGAAGCAAGUGUGUUUUUGGUUUUGUGGAAGUGGAGUACCUUGGGCAUUUGAUUUCUGGUCAGGGAGUUAGAACAGAUCCUAGAAAGACUGAAGCUAUGAUACAAUGGCCUGUUCCUACUUUUGUUAAGGCAUUAAGGGGGUUCUUCGGGUUGACAGGUUAUUAUAGGAAAUUUGUAAAGGAUUAUGGCUUGAUUGCAGCUCCACUUACUGCCCUAUUGAUGAAGGACUCUUUUCAAUGGCCCUUUGUGAUCAAGAUUGAUCAACAAAGUCUCAAAUUCCUUUUGGAGCAACGGAUUGGAACACCUGCUCAGCAAAUAUGGUUCACCAAAUUACUUGGUUACUCUUUCAUUGUUGAGUACAAGAAGGAUAAGGAGAAUAAGGCAGCUGAUGCCUUGUCUAGAAAAGAAGAGAGUUUUGAUAUGCAACCAAUGGAUGGUCUUGUUCAAUCUUCAGAGGAUGUUGAUAGUCUUCCUAAAUCCCAUGGAUUUGAGGUCAUUAUGGUGGUGGUGGAUAGAUUGACCAAAUAUGUGCAUUUCAUGCCUCUUUCUCAUCCUUACACAGCUGCUAAAGUGGAUGCUGUGUUUAUAAAGGAGAUUUUUAGGCUUCAUGGCAUGUCUCGAUCCAUUGUGAGUGAUAGAGAUGUUGUGUUUACUUCCAAGUUUUGGCAGGAACUUUUCAAACUUCAGGGCAGCAACUUGACCAUGUCUUCAACCUACCAUCCUCAGACAGAUGAGUUCUGGUUCAACACUAACUACCACACCUCUACCAAAUGCACUCCUUAUGAAGCAUUGUAUGGUUGCCCUCCGCCUAAGCAAUUGGUCUACAUUCCUAGCACCACCAAGGUUGAGGCAAUGGAUCACCUUCUUAGGACUAGGUUUGAAGUCCUAUCCUUACUUAAACAAAAUCUCUCUGCUGCUCAAUCCAGAAUGAAGCUCCAGGCUGAUCAGCAUAGGCUUAACAAGUCAUUUAAGGUUUUGCAGAGGCUAGGGUCUAUUGCUUAUAGGUUGGCUUUGCCUUCAGACUGUCUCCGACAUCCAGUUUUCCAUGUGUCUUGCCUUAAGAAGCAUUUGGGGGCUCAAGUCAUUCCCAUUCCCACUUUACCUCCUGUUGAUUCUGAUUAG